AUGGCAGUUUCAAAUGGAUUUCCCGUGAACUCGAGAAAUUCCUCAGUUUCACCAACACGUAUUAAAGCCCAACAAUUCAUUUCUUCCCUUGCCUUGCUUGAUAAAACCUUGGUCACGAAGCCCAUCCGCCUCGACAACCCCAACGACUUCAAAACAAAGGAGGACAAACCGCUGGAUGUGCUCAAGUCGGAUUUUCACAUUCUGCAGCUGAUGAAACGACGAGCACAGUCCGAAGUAGACAUGUUCUCUGAAGCCAUUGCACGCACUGCUGGGAUUGGGUGUACUAAUGAUGGCACAUGCACAUCUUCUGGAAGUGCAACAACUUAUGAAUCACGCCUACCUAGCAACUUUUCUGAUAAUCGGUCUGAUGAUUGGUUUGACGAUUGGUUCGAUGGCUCUAUAUCUUCCAAUGCUUCUGUGCUCACAUGA